AUGCCAGGCAUUUCGUUGUGGGGUUGUUUGUGGGCAGUGGUGGGUGAGACUGACAAAUGCCUUCCCCAAGCUCCUGGCUCCUCCCUACUCCUCCCACAGUUGAUGGGAGGCCCUGCCCUGGCUCUAGCAGAGCGUUCUCACUUGCCUCCCACCCCUCCCUCUGCUUCUCCCACCUUUUCUCUAGGACCCAUCAAAUCCCAAGGAGGCAGGAACCCUGAGUUGAGUGACCUUGACUUUACCUUUCUGAACCUUAAUUCCCGCAUCUACAAAAUGAAAGCCGUAAUAAAGCGUAUCUCAAUGGAGCGGUUGUGA